AUGGGUCCAGAUCAGGCUGACCACAUAUCCAGAAAGGUCUCCUUCCUCAGCCGCUUCAUAGGAGGUAACAAAAAGAAAGGCGCCCCAGAUGCUGCCAGCGACAAUGGCACCGAGGCGGACGAUUCGCGACCCGAGGGUAUGGACGCCCAGCUAUAUGUCGACAAUCUUAGCUUCAGUCCCAAGAUUCCGCAGCCGCCUGCGUACAUAAAGGUUCGCGCCAAGUUCAAGAAGGACAAGGAAUUUGACCGCGUGUUUUUGGCGCAAGAGCUGCGCUCGGGAUCAGACAAGAAGAGCGCGCCUGCUGCAGGCUCCAAUCCAGCGCCGCAAUCUGGCUCUGCAGCCACACAGAAUCCAAUCUGGUCAGUCGAAUUCAGCAGAGAUGGGAGGUAUCUUGCGGCUGGUGGGCAGGACAGGGUUAUUCGCGUGUGGCAGGUCAUCACGAGCGCAGAGGACCGACGAACACACGAGCGUUUCGAAACCGAUCCAGCUGUCGAAUCACAUGGCAACCUGAGUGCCCCUGUCUUCCAGCAAAAGAUAUUCCGCGAGUACCACGGACACACGGGGACCAUCCUGGACCUGAGCUGGAGCAAGAACAACUUCUUGUUAUCUUCAUCCAUGGACAGAACCGUACGACUGUGGCAUGUCACUCGGGACGAGAACCUAUGUGUCUUCAAGCACUCGGAUUUUGUGCCUUCGAUACAGUUCCAUCCCACAGACGACCGCUUCUUCCUCGCAGGCUCACUCGACUCCAAGUUGAGACUAUGGAGCAUCCCAGACAAGAAUGUGGCGUUCAGCGUGACUGUGCCAGACAUGAUCACAGCCGUAAGCUUUACACCUGAUGGGAAGACUUGCAUAGCCGGUACACUAGGAGGACUGUGUAUGUUCUACGAUACGGAGAAGCUCAAGUGGCAGGCGCAACUACACGUUAAGUCGACACGAGGGCAGAAUGCAAAGGGCAGCAAAAUCACUGGAAUACAAGCGACGUUUUGGCCGCCGGGAAGCGAAAGUGGGGAGGUGAAGCUGUUGAUAUCGAGUAAUGAUUCCAGGUUGCGCCUGUACAACUUGAAGGACAAGAGCUUGGAGAUGAAGUUCCGAGGGCAUGAAAAUAACUGCAGUCAAAUUCGCGGUGCAUUUGCCGACAGUAGCGGGCAUAUCAUUUGUGGCAGCGAGGACAGAAAAGCGUACAUUUGGUCGACAACGGUUCCGGAAGGCGAGAAGAGGAAUCAGCGGCCAGUUGAGAUGUUCGAAGCGCAUAACUCGAUCACCACAUGCACGGUUAUCGCACCGGUGCAGACGAGACAGCUGCUCAGUGCGUCCGAAGAUCCGAUAUUUGAUCUCUGCAAUCCACCGCCUGUGACAUUAGUGUCAAAAGCAGAGUCCGUGAUAUCGUCGCGAGCGCCGACAGAAGUAGGCUCCGCGCUUCCAACACCCGCCCCUACCGACACUGCCUUCAAGAAGGUGGCCGAAACGCCUGCGUACCUCGCUCGCUGUGCGCAUCGUGGCGGCAACAUCAUCGUCACUGCAGACUACACUGGAGCACUGAAAGUCUUCAGACAGGACUGUGCCUACACCAAGAUCUAUUCGAAGAGCAGGCUCGAAAUUGGGACGACCAAGCAGUAUCUUGUCACGAACCAGCCAGUCGCGAAGAAGCAGUAUAUCAACACAACCACCAAAUGA